AAAGGGAGAGAGGCAGAGCGGUCGAGGUUUGUUUGGGCUCUACAGUUCGCAAAAAAAAUAAAAAAUAAAAAAUAAAAAUUAAAAAUAAUAAUAAAUUCUCAACAUGCCUAAAAGGUCGUGUCCUUUCACUGACUCGUUUUCGACACAGUAUAAAAUCCAUGUUGGACAGAAGGAGCUGAACCUGCACGGAGUUUUCGGGAACAAGUACAGACAGGAAGUUUACGAAAAGACCAAGAACCUGCUCUUUAACGGGACCCGAGCGGUAAUGGGACGGAUUUGGAAGGUGGACGCGGAGGAGAAGUGCGCUGACGUGGAUGUGUGUAAUAAGGGUGACGUGACUCCUGCAAAUAAUCAGCUGCUACUCAAAGGGCAGACUCUGAUUGGGCUGGAUGGGAAACUGAAGAAAGCCAAGGCAGUUUCAGGCAGCGUGACCGCUCCAGCCGUGUGUGCUGUGUGUCAGAGAACAUCAGGAGUGAGGACGGCUUGCUCUCGGUGCGAUCGCCCUGCGUGUCCCACCUGCACUCAGCAAUGCAGCAGCUGUUCCAGCCGCUGCUGCUCCGUCUGCACCAUCACCGAUUACACCGAUCGCUAUGACAAAGUCCUCUGCUGUAGCUGCUCGUCAUGAUGCGAUGGAUGCCGAGACGGACUGGACUGAUGGCUGGAGGAACGGAGUGGAUGAAAUGUCUUUUUGUAUUUUGCUUGUAAUAAACUGUAGCGCAUUCCACACUGUAAAUGAAUUUUAUAUACCUUUUACACAUAUAUAAUCGAGUGUUUGUGUACAUAUGUAUUUUUUUUAAUCAUUGAAAUAAAUACCUGAACAACUUUUGUUUUACUUUGUA